CCACAGCGGGCCCGCCCCCCUCCUCUUGUCCUCUUCCUACAUCUCUUGCGUGUGAGAUCUGUUUCCUGCAUCUCUGCCUGCAACAUCUGUCAACAUGACUCACGCGUAUCCCUUCCUGAGUACUGAGCAAAAGAAGGAGCUCAGUGGCAUCGCUCAGAGGAUCAUAGCCCCUGGGAAAGGCAUCCUGGCAGCAGAUGAAUCCACAGGCAGCAUGGCCAAGCGCUUUCAAAGCAUCUCUGUAGAGAACACAGAGGAGAACAGGCGGCUUUACCGUCAACUCCUCUUCACUGCUGACAGCCAGGUAAACCCCUGCAUCGGCGGAGUUAUCUUCUUCCAUGAGACGCUCUACCAAAAGUCAGAUGGCGGCAAGCUCUUCCCCGAGCUGGUCAAAGAGAAGGGCAUGGUGGUGGGCAUCAAGGUAGACAAGGGCGUGGUUCCCCUGGCCGGCACUAUUGGAGAGACCACAACUCAAGGUCUGGACGGGCUCUAUGAGCGAUGUGCUGAGUACAAGAAGCACGGUGCCGACUUCGCCAAGUGGCGCUGCGUGUUAAAGAUCACGCCAACCACCCCUUCCCAGCUGGCUAUCAUGGAGAACGCCAAUGUGCUGGCCCGCUACGCCAGCAUCUGCCAGAUGCAUGGCAUUGUGCCCAUUGUGGAGCCUGAGAUUCUCCCAGAUGGCGACCAUGACCUGCAGCGCUGCCAGUAUGUGACUGAGAAGGUGCUGGCAGCUGUGUAUAAGGCACUGUCCGACCACCACGUCUACCUGGAAGGGACGCUGCUCAAGCCCAACAUGGUAACUGCUGGACACUCCUGCCCCAAAAAGUUCAGCCCUCAAGAGAUCGCCCUGGCAACUGUCACCGCCCUGCGUCGCUCUGUACCCCCGGCCGUGCCAGGUGUGACCUUUCUGUCUGGAGGCCAGAGUGAGGAGGAGGCCACCAUUAACCUAAAUGCAAUCAACCAGUGUCCCCUGCCCCGGCCCUGGGCCCUCACCUUCUCCUUCGGCCGAGCCCUGCAGGCCUCAGCAUUGAAGGCCUGGGGAGGCAAGAAGGAAAAAGGCAAAGCCUGUCAGGAGGAGUACAUCAAGAGAGCCCUGAACAACAGCAAGGCAGCUCUGGGGACUUAUCUGUCCUCUGGACAGAAAGGAGCAGCAGCUCAGGAGUCUCUGUUUGUGGCAGACCACGCCUACUGAAGUGUGGCCCCACCCAACACACUUCAUCCUCAUUCCCACCAUUGUCCUGGAGGAAGAGGCUGAGAGUUAAUAAACAGCCCUCCAACGUUUUCCACUGGUGAUGAGAGCCUUACAAGUUUCUGUGCAUGAUGAUUUGAAAAAGAGGAAUACAAAAGCCAUAGAUGUGUUCUACCCUUGAAAUUGACCUGACGUGAGUGUGAUGUCACUUUAUUGUGUUUGUAAAUAGAAAGAGUUCCUCUGCAGUGUCCUUCUCCUGUGGCUCCUGACAUUGUCUUAAUCAUUUCUAAGAACAUGUGCCUUCAUUUCUCAACUGAAGCCAUGAUGAAAAGACAUUGCAGAGGAUCUUAUGAUACACAAACAGCAAGUAAACACUGGAAAGAUCACAUUAAAAUAAUAAAUCACUAACUACAUCCUG